AUGAAGGUCUUUGGUUUGUUGGCUGCGUUGGCGCUCACGCUACCCGCCGAAGCGUCCGACCCGGUGAAGCUGCGUCGGCUUAUGAGCGACUCGCGCUUCCUGUCCAUGGUCUCGCCGUGUACCAUGGGAGGCAAGACCCGCUCGUCGCCAGCCGAGUGGUUACGCACGGCUUUCCACGACGCCGCGGACCACAACGCUGCGCAGGGUACCGGUGGUGUUGAUGCGUCUAUCCAGUUUGAGCUGAAUGACCCAGCCAACGCCGGUGCUACCUUCCCAUCGGUGAUGACGCAACUGUCCUUCUACCUGAUGGAGGAUAUUACGCUGGCCGACCUUGUAGCCCUUGGGGCGACACUAGCAGUCGGGUCAUGCUCCGGCCCCACGAUCCCGUACUACUACGGUCGCGAAACGGCCGCCGGGCCGUCGGCGGAGGGCAUGGUACCCGAGCCUCAGCACUCAACGGAGUCGCACAUCGAGAAGUUUGCACGCAUGGGCUUCACCACUACGGAGAUGAUCGAGGCUGUCGCUUGCGGCCAUACAAUCGGCGGUGUGCAUGCCGCAGCCAAUCCUACGAUUACAAACGAGACAUUCCACCACUUCGACAGCACUCGGAGCUACUUCGACAACAACGUCGCGACUGAGUACAUCCAAGACGUGCGUCUGAACCCGCUUGCGCAGCCCGAGUCCGACGGCCUCGCACGUAGCUCGGACACUCGCGUAUUCAGCGUGGACAAGAAUGCGACGAUGCAGGCAAUGGCGAACGAUAACCAGGACUUCCUCGACCGGUGCGAGGCGGUCUUUGGCAAGAUGUUCGGCAUGGUUCCCGCGGGUGUGCAGCUGCAGGGUCCCAUCACGCCGUACAAAAUCUCGGGCAGCUUCUGGCCCAACACGCGUAACGGUAACUUUGUCCUCCCGUCGAACACGGGAAGUGCUCGCCUCUACGGACAGAAGGGGCAGUGGGCCAGCUUCGAGCUCGGGUACACCAACCGUGACGGAUCUGUUGGGACCGAUUCGAGCCUGCUCGUCGUUGACCCCGUGCGCGAGAUGUUCAACGGCAUGGUUGAGGUGCGCGACUUCAGCUCGAAGAUGGUCCCGAUCCCCCCUGCGACUGGUCUCGGCAGUAUCACAAUCAACGUGGUUAUGAACGACGGUUCGGUGCUGAGGGACGAGGGUGAAGAGGUCAUCGCUUUCGACGACACGAUUCUCAUGGACAUCGGCAACGAGUACACUUGCAAGUACGGGGAGACUGGUCUCAACAUGUCCGCACACGUCCUUGGCCCCUACGACCCCAACGACAAGGUCGAGUUCCUCCUCCGCAACGGUGUGGCUGAGGUCACCGCCGUACCUGCCACGUACCGCGGUGCUCGCGACGAAUACUACAACGUGUACAACAUCUUCAUCCCCGACUGGACCAAGUACGACCUGAAGAACAACGCUGGAGGCUUUGGAGCGCGCCUGACUCGUGCCAACGGUGAGGUCCACAAGGAUCUGAAGGCCGACGCCUUCUACCGCAUGAGCGUUAUCCAAAAGUGUGUCGAGGGUGCGGAGAUUCCGAGCACGACUGCGGUACCCUCUGGGGUUAUUGCGCGCCGUUCGAGGCAGACUCAGGCUCCGUGCCCGCCAGGAAAGGAGGCGUGCGAUGGCCGCUGCGUCAACACCCAGACCGAUCUGGAGCACUGUGGUGGCUGCGACAAUGACUGCUCUGCUCUCAGCGAUGGGUACGUUCAGUGCAUCAAGGGCCGUUGUGUGCUCGGAGAGAACCUUCCCUAG